AUGGGAGAAGGAGGAAUGAAACGUGUUGAUGAAGAUACAAAGAGAGGGCUUGAUCAUGGAGCUUGGGUUCCUUUAAUGUUGAUGUAUCCUGAAGCAGACAUACCGGUUUGUCAACUCUCUGUUCAAUCAUCCCAAAACGCGACUUACCAUUACAACAUGGGCAAAGCAUUGGCUCCUUUGAAAGAUGAAGGUGUUCUCAUCGUUGGCUCUGGAAGUGCUACUCAUAACCUGAGGAAGCUUGACUUUGGCAUGGCCAAUGGACCUGUUCCUUGGGCUUUGGAGUUUGAUAUUUGGCUUAGAGAUUGUCUCUUGCAAGGAAGGUAUGGAGAUGUGAAUGAGUGGGAAGAGAAAGCUCCGAAUGCGAGAUUGGUGCAUCCAUCGCCUGAGCAUUUUUUUCCUUUACGUUGCGUUGGGUGCAGCUGGUGUAGAUGCAAAGGCAGAGCAAAUCCAUACAAGUUGGCAACUUGUUUAUCUCUGUAUUAG